CCUGGUUUCAUCAACCUGAACGAGUGGCGUGAAAGGCGAAUGACGUGUAGCAGCUGAUUGGUGAUAUCAAGCACACGUGAAAAAACUUGCAGAAAUGAGAUUUGAGCUGGAUCAAACAUUCAUAGACACCCUGAAUAAAUUGAAUUUGCGGUGGAUGCGUGACCGUAUCUCAAGAAUGUGGCCUCGGUGGGUGGCAGCAGCCAAACAGUUCACAACAGAGGGAUCACUACGCAGCAAACAUCAUGUCAAAAAGAUUUUUAUUUUCUUAGGCACGUAUGCUUAUCAACCCAUGUGGCUGGAUAUGGCUUUCACGGGUGCACCUCUGGGAGAGAUGGUGCAGUGGAGCGAUCUGAUAGCGGCGUUGUACAUUUUGGGACAUGACGUGACAAUCUCCGUCAACUCCACUACGUACCAGAGUUAUAUGUCGACUCCAAAGUUUCGUGGUUGUGCUGAUAUAUUCGAGCCUGAAUUUGACCUGAUUUACACAGACUACAAUGGGUUUACCAACAUGUUCAGGCACAUUACUCCAAAUUUGUCGCCUUAUAGAUGCCGAAUAAGAAUUCUUGAUUCCUUUGGAACGGACGCACAGUUUAACUAUGGAGCAUAUAAAGGCGUGAUACCUGGCGAAAAGACAGCGUGGGCGCGAGCUGAUAUCAAUCUUCGGCAGAUCAUGACAAUGUUUCCUCAUAGUCCAGAUAACUUGUUUCUGGGCUUUGUGGUUGGUGAACCUAUUCCAGAAGACGUUAAACCAUUGAAGAAAAAACCGAUCGGACUCGUUUAUGGCAAAGAAGCUAGCUUCUGGCGGGGAAAAAGAGAAUACCUCGACACGUUACAUAAACAUUUAGAAAUACAUGGAACGUUCUCUGCUAUGUCGGAAGCAGAGAUCAAAGAAAAUAUUCCUGAGUACGUGAUAUCACAUGGCAUUCUUAGUAAACCCGACUUAGAAAAACUUUUACAGGAAACUAAGGUGUUCAUAGGUCUCGGAUUUCCGUAUGAAGGCCCUGCACCCCUGGAAGCAAUAGCACAAGGAUGUAUUUUUCUAAAUGCCAAGUUUGACCCUCCGCAUAAUCGCCUCAACACAGGAUUCUUCAAGUUGAAACCAACUCUUAGAAACCUUACAUCACAGAAUCCUUACGCCGAAGUCUUCAUCGGAAAGCCACACGUGUUCACCGUUGAUAUUUCUAAUCUUUCACAUGUGGAAGAGGCUGUGAAGGAGAUGUUAAGAACUGAGGUCAAGCCUUACCUUCCUCAUGAAUGGACGCAUAAAGGCAUGCUGGAACGCGUGAAUGCUUUCACAGAAUAUUAUAACUUUUGUGAACAUAUCGAGCGGUGGCCUCCAUUGUCAGAAAUGAUACUAUCAAUGGGUGCAGCUGGAAAAUCGUGCGUUGAUGUCUGCAAAGAACGUGAAUCACUGUGUGAGCCGACCUUUUUUGUGGACAUUAACCGUACAGAAGAUCUUAAAAAGUUUGGAAUGAAGUGUAGCGCUGUGGAGACCAAAGAGUCACUGUUAGCUCCAAGUUACGAUGUGUCAACCCACAUGUGCACGCUACAGAAACAGCCUAUCCUCUUUACAUGCGUGGCUAAAGAACCUUCUGCCAGACGCCUUUGUCCAUGCAGAGACUUUCAAACACAACAGGUGGCGUUUUGUAAACAGUGCCAUUAGUAACUGUCACAAAACAGGCUUCUGUACGGAAAUAGGAAUUUAAUGAAGUUGCUGAAUUUAUAUUAAACACGAAUGAUGACGAUUACAUCUCAUUGAAGAAAAAAAAGGGAAAUGGUAUUAUUGGUAAGACACACCUUUUAUUUAUUUACGUCGUGUUGUCGGGAUCAUGCUGCAAUUAUUUGUCCUAAAAAACGUCCUUAUUUACUCCGAUUUAUGCGUUGUUUGGAUGGCAAAACGCUCGUUGCCUUCUUUUCGUGAAUUCCAGAGUCCUUCCUUAGUUAUAUGUCAAUUUUGUAGCCUCUCUAAUUUAUGACAUCUAUCCGUGUUUUCAUUCGCUUCUCG